UCCGUGACUCAUUCGACUGAAAAAUACCACAGACUUUGUUUCUAAAAAGCGCCACCCACUAAUGCUAUGCAGAAGUGAAAAGCGAUAUUAGAUGAAGACAUUUGAGGCUGUCCACCAGUCAGCUGUUCACCGACACUGAAGUUUGUCCCCAGCAGGAACCUUACGGGAUUUCUAUUGUAUUUAUCGCUCAUCUCUCUCACACACUUGUUGGACAUGGGGUUCCUUUUGACCAAGAUGAUGGCUGUGUUUGGUGACAGAGACCACAAAGUUAUCAUUGUGGGUUUGGACAAUGCUGGAAAGACAACCAUCCUCUAUCAGUUUCUGACAAAGGAAGCCGUCCACACAUCCCCAACUAUUGGCAGCAACGUUGAGCAGAUCACUGUACGUAAAACACACUUCUUGAUUUGGGAUAUUGGAGGACAGGAGAGUCUUCGGGCCAGCUGGUACUCGUACUACUGCAACACAGAGAUUGUCAUUCUGGUGGUGGACAGCACCGACCGUGAACGCCUCACUGUCACUAAAGAAGAGCUGCACCGGAUGCUCGCACAUGAGGACCUACAGAAUGCCGCUGUUCUCGUUUUGGCCAAUAAACAGGAUGUGAAGGGCUCGAUGACAGCGGCAGAGAUCUCCCAGUGCCUCACACUCGACUCCAUCUCCACGCACUCGUGGCAUGUUCAAGCCUGCUGCGGCCUGACGGGAGAGGGUCUACCUGCCAGUCUGGACUGGAUGAAGUCAAAGGUUGUCGUGAACUAGAGCACACUCUACGUGGAUCAAACUUCCUGAAACUGAGCCAACCUCGAAGUGCACUGCAGUGGCCAAAGUGUCAGAAUUAUUUACAGCGUUUUGGGGCAAAGUCCUGUGAACAUGGCGUCUGUGACAGAGCUGGCCUCGCCACACCAACAGUAUGAGCUGUUGGAUGUGUGAGGCCCCAGUUUGGAUGAGUGGUAGAGAAACCUGGGUGAUCUUAGAGACGAUACACCAAAUACCAGUAAAUUCGGACUCCAGAACUCAGCUUGGUUAUAUUUUAAUAAUCUUAAUUAAAAGGCAAGUUUUUUCUCAGUUUUGGUUCCAAAGAUGUACACAAUUGUAGCAUAUUUAUGUUCAUUUACUGUAAGUUUCCAAUGUAAAGAGGUGCACCAUUUGUGUUAGAGAUCCUACCUGACCCGUAAUAUCACAUUCCAGUCUGGUCUUAGUGGGUUUCUGUCAUUGUACUGGGGUUAAUCGAGGAACAAGAACCUCUUAUUUCUAGAACUGAACAAGUUGUACCAAAGAUGUAACAAACCAACAUUUGAGGCAGAUAGAUCACAAAUUAUAAUUGAUAACGUUAAAGCAUAUAUUUUAUGGAUAAAGGGUUAUUUUUCCAAAUAUUUGAAUGUUUAAGCCUAAUACCGCACCCUGUCGUUCCUCCUGUGCCUACACAUUAAAGGGAUAGUUCAGAUUUUUUGAAGUGGGGUUGUGUGAGGUCCUUAUCCAUAGUCAGUGUUUCAAAUACAUGAGAUGUCAGUCAGCACGCCCCCAAUUUGGAGAAGCAGACAGGAGUGCUGACAUGAAGCUAAGUAAUGUAUUGCUGUGGAUGGGGGUAGCAGCAAAAUGAAUUUUAGCCACCUAAAAAAGUCUGAAGUAAAAAAAAUCAAUAUCAGGUAACUGUAUGCUAUAUUUAGAUUUUUUUCACGACAUUAGUACUUUACUAUGGGGGAACCAAAGCCCUUUUAUUGCUCUCUUCAAACCAGACUCUGUUAAGAAAAACAGUGAUUUAACAUCUUUUAACACAGGAGCUGCUGGUCUACCACUACUUUGUGUAGUUUGUUUGUUAUAUUUUGUGUCUUUGGCAUUUAAAAGAUAGUUUGAAUUCACGAAAGUCACACUAUAACACUGACUAACUUACUAAAUGAAGCAGCACUGGACCAGCAGCAUUAGUGCACAGUGAUGUUAAUUUACUGUUUUUUCUUGGGUCUGGGGUCUUUGACAAAGCAUAGAUGAACAUACUCUCAAUAUAGCGUACUCUUUAACUGUUAUAGGUAUUUUGGGUGGGACUUUUUUUAAGACUGCAAAAAUACGUGCUUCUACCCCCUAUCCUUAGCAGUGCAUUGCUUCCAUGUUGGCACUCCUGCCACUUCUCCAAUUUGGGGGCAUGCAGACAGACAUCCACUGUAUGUAGCCUAAUACACUGACUACAGAUAAGUACCCUUCUAUACAACCCCCUUUUAGAAAAUCUGAACUGUGCCUUUAAACUUUGAGCAUGACAAUCAUGAUCUCAUUUUGACCUUUUAUUGUUGAUUCUUGUCACUGAUUAUGUUAUUUCCCAAUUAACCUGAACUACUUCCGCUACAACAACCGAAUUUAGUACCUCACUGGUCACAAAACAGCUCUCCAAUCACAGCCUCAGUUCAGUAGCUGCCUAGUAUUAAGCCUCUGUAAUGGAAGACUUAAACACAGCUAAGAGGAAACUAAAGCACAUACUAUAUCCCCGGUGGCCUCCAAAACUGCUAUUAUGGGAUUCAAGUCUGCACCUGAUGUAUAAAAUUGUAAUUGAUGCCACUGAACAACAGGACUGUUUUAACAUGUUUAGUAAUUUAUUGUAAAUAAAACAAAGCUCUUGAACUAUUUACCUGAAUAGAAAAAUGAGCUAGCUGCUAAGGACAAUGAGUCAUAUUUAAGUAUGUAUUGUAUUGUAUAAAAUGUUUAAAUAAAUAUUGAUUUUACAAAUA